AAAUAAAAAAAUAUAAAAAAAAUAAAAAAAUCAAAAAUUAGAAAAAGUAAAUUUUUUUGAAUAACAUUGGUUUUAUAAAUAGAGAGCCAUGAGAUAAGAAAAAUCUAAAAUCAAAAUUCCUUGAACAUAAUAUUUACAAAUGUGAAAAACUAUAUACUUUGAAAUAAUAAAAAAAUUCUUAAAAAAAUUAGAAAAGAAGAACAAAGAAGAUCUUAUGAUUUUUCAAGAGAGAAAUAAGUAACAAGAAAUCCUUCAAAGAAAAUAAAAAAAAUAAAAAAUAAUAAUUAAAAAAAAAAUAAGAAAAAAAAAAAAAAAAUAAUAAUAAUAAAAUAAAAAAAAAUUACUUUUUGAUGUCAAGAAAAAGAAACUGAAGAAUCUUUUUGAAGUAAAUUAAAUAUAAAAUGUGUUUAAUAAAAAAGAUGGCCAAUAUAAAUGACACUAUAUAAUAAACUAAAUCGAAGGAAUACACAAAAUCUUUGAAGAAAAAGUUGAAAAAGAAAGAAAAGAUAAAGUAAAAUAUAUUUCCUUACUAUAAAAAAAAAGAUUUCACUUCUUUGAGAGAUUCUAUGAUUCAAACAAGGAUAAAACACAUAUAAAAUGAUAUUCAAUCUUCUAUUGAUUUAUUCUUUCUAGAUGUUAGAGUAAUUUAAAUAAAUUUAAAGGUUUAUAAAGGAUUCUUGAGUAAUGUCAGAUUUUUAGAAAUUUCCUUUUACACAUUUCACAAAAAUAAAAAUGAAUGAUUUCAAAAGAUUUUAGAACGAAUGUAAUUUUAAUUAUAAUUAGUUCGGUAUUUAAAAAGGUUCCAUUCUUUGCAAAAUGAAGAGGCACAAAAAAAGAAAGAAGAAAAAGAGAACAAGAAGUAGUUAGGUUUUUUUAUGUUCGUCUUUUUACACAUUGUCUUUCCACACCUUUGGUUCUUGUUAAUGGUUGUAUCUUUUUUUUUUUUUUGUUUUAAAUUAGUUAGUGGGUCUUUUAUAAGAAAUAGAAAUAGAUUUUAUAAGAAGUUAAAAAUAGGUUAGUCCAUCUUAUAGUUGUUUCUAGUUUACUUCGAUUUCUGUUUUUAAACACUUAUGUGCACACUAUUGGUUUAAAGAGAACAACACAUACAUUCUUUUUGAUUCUCCAAAAAAAAAGUAAUUAUUGAUAUAUUGGUUCACUUUAAAUAGUUUAGAUAAUUCUUAGUCCCGGUGCAUUUUCACAAAAUCAAGUGUACUCAAUAAAUAGUUUCUUUAUAUCUUUUAAAGUCUUUUGACUAUAAUUUAAAGUUCUUGUUAUCUUUUUUUAUUAUAAAUUGGCAAAUAAUUUGAUCUUAUCUGAAUUUCAUUUUAAUUAAUAAAAAUAGAAUUCCUGAUUUCUUAAAAUAAUGUUCGAGUUAAGUUACAUAUUAAAAACUUCCUUUAAUAAAUUUCCUUUUUGAUAGUUCGCUUUAGCAUUAUUAAUUUUUUCAUUUAAAUUCAAUCUUUAUUACUUUUUAAAAAAAAAUAUUUAAAAAAAAAAAAACACAACAAAAAACAUCAAAAAAACGAACAAUGAAUUUAUUUUUUGUUCUUUAUUUUGUUGUAGUGUAUAUUAAUAAUAAUAAUAAUAAUAAUUAAUAAUAAUAUUAUAUAUAAGAAUAUGGAAAGAAUUGAUAUGAAGAAUUGGUAGAAUGAAAUUUGAAACAAGUAUUGUUAAGAAAAAAAAAUAUAAUAAAAAGGAAUUAAGGACAAAGAAUAAUGAAAAACAGUAAAAAUAUAUAUAUAUUUUAAAUAAUAUGAAUAUGAAUACGAAUACAAAACGAAAUACAUUUAAUAUUGAUGUUAUUGAUUUUUUACAUGAAGGUAAUUUUUUUAUGAAUUAGAAAGUCAUAUAAGAGAAGGAAUAGAAAAAAGAUUAUGAUAUUAUAUGUGUUAUAUUUGUUAAUUGUGCUCUUGUUCCCCUCUCUUUUUCUCUUUUUUUAUGUGUUUUUUUUAUAUAUAUUUAUUUAAUAUUUUAUGUUUUUAUGUUUAAAAUAAUAUUUAAAUAUGUAUUUUUUAUGUUUUUAUAUUUGUAAAAAUCUUUCUUUUUUUUUUUAGAAAAAAGCAAAA